CCUGUCACUGCCUUUAGUAGCCACUGUAGCCAGUCAAAAACAAUUUUAUUUCUUUUUUUGUUAAAUAUCGUGGAAUUAAUUGGUGUUUUGGUGGUUGAUUGUGGAUUGUGUUGUUGACUUUAAGUUUCGUAUUAAGAUUAAACAGAAAGUGCGAUGGCUGCUGGUUGUUGUGGUACCAAGAAGCAAAAACUAAAUAAUUCGUCGAGCCUUCCAUCCUGUAAUGGAUCGUCUAUUGUUCCCAAUGGAUUUAAUAAUGAAACAGGAACGGUCGCGUUACCAGAUAUGUGCUUCUUUUGUUUUGAUGUCCUCUAUUGUCAUUUGUAUAACCUCGCACCUCCAAAAAAUCCAUCCUUCAGUAAUGACGCCUAUCCUUUAUUCGUUACAUGGAAAAUAGGCAAGGACAAGCGUUUGAGAGGAUGUAUUGGAACAUUCAAUGCACUGAAUCUGCAAUCUGGCUUGAGGGAGUACGCCAUUACUAGCGCUUUGAAAGAUUCCAGAUUCAGCCCGAUCACUCGAGACGAGUUUCAAAAGCUGAGCGUUUCCGUGUCAAUUUUGAGGCAUUUCGAAGAUGGCGACGACUAUUUAGACUGGCAAGUCGGAAUUCACGGUAUCAGAAUCGAAUUCAUUAAUGAAAAAGGAAAUAAACGGACCGCUACUUAUUUACCGGAAGUUGCCUCUGAACAGGGGUGGGAUCAGCUCCAAACCAUAGACUCUCUUCUGCGCAAAGGCGGGUUCAAAUCCAUAAUAUCGAGCGAAGUGCGCCGUACGAUAAAACUGACUCGUUAUCAAAGUGAAAAGAUAACAGUGACUUAUCAGGAAUAUAUGAACCAUUGGAACAACCAACGGUGCUAGCAGUUAAUGUGGGGGUGCCCCGUAGUAGCGCCCCCACAUCCCCCCUACAACAACGCCACCGCAGUGCCCACGUUCAUGAUGGUGCAACCGCAACAGCAGCCGCAGCUUCCGAUUCAAAUUCGAACGGUCGGUCCGGGUGCGCCCGUGUUGAGACCGCCGCCCUAUACAGUUACUGCCCCUAUGGCCGGUGUGUGGUGGGACGACUAUCAUGGAAGGCCUUCGUAUCGCCAGGAGGUGUCCAUGUUGUCGACCGUGCAUCCGGCUCAGUUUAAUUCAGUUUAUAAUUCUAUUCAUAAACAGAAAUGACCAAUAAGUUGUUUUUAUAUAUUAUUAUAAUGUAGAGGUGCUAGAUUUUAUUCCCGGUCCCAGGUAACGAUUGGAUUCCUGUCUGCUGGCUCUGAUAUGUAUAUAUUUUUUGGUUGGACAUGUAUAUUAAACAAUAAUUUUGUUUUAUUUUUUUUUUACCUACUAUAAAGUUCAAAAACUUUAUUUGGGAUAGCAUAUAUACAGGGUGUCCAGAUGGACUGAAAA